AUGUGGGACAGCUCGAGAUUCGGCCCUGCGACCUCCUUCAGUCGAAUAUAUUGCCUCGUACUUCACGACCGAAUGUUAAUUAUGGAGACCGAAAGUCUCAUUCAAGGAUAUGGACUAUCCAUAUCCAAAAGCUUAGAAACUCCACGGAAUCUGGCUUACGCGCAUGCUUGA